AUGCGGCAGCCCCCAACCAAUUCGACGUAUGUCAAGCCACAAUUUGUUUCUAUGAGCGCACGCUUAUUGUUCGAAGAGGCAGAAUCCGGUCUAUCCAAGCGCCAAAAGAACAUUUCGCCCAUUUCUCAGCAGCUUUCAGAUGAGCAAGGAUCUGAAAAUAAUGACUUCUUGAAUGGAUUAACUAAAAUAACACCUCUCAGAAUCGGAGAUACAGAGAAUGUUGCGGCUUACUAUCAAAGAGCUCUCAAUAACUUCCAACAGUUUAAUUGCUCCAUUAUUGCCAAAGCAUUUAUAAAACACAUCGAGCCACGCAAGCAAGUCAGAUACCCUUAUAACGGCGGAAAGCUACUGUCAGGAUCCGGCCCUGGAACUUCCGCCGACCCAGAAAAAACCAAGCCUAAAUGGUGGCCACCAGGUGUUAUGCACAAGGCGCCUGACCAUUUGAGAAAACAGGGUAUGUUUCUAUGCAAAGUGAUUCUGUCCGAAUUGUGCUUAAAGUUUACUGCACUAGAUCGCAUCAAACUGAUCCUUCACAUUAUCUGCAACCUCGGUCACUAUAAUAUCACUGCCGAUCAAUUGAGAGAUGUCGCACAGGAUACCAAGCGGACCCUGAGGGACCCAAGUCACGUUGGGAUCAUUGAUGAGAUCCUUCGGGUUCGGAGGAUGGAGGAAUUAUUUGAUCAAGAUCAAAUUGAUGCUAGUAUGAUUGUCUACGUCAAGAAUGGUCAAAGAACUCAUGACAAGAAGGACGAUGAAGAUGAUGCGUUUGCCGAAGCAACCUCACUGAUUGUCGGAGUGUCUAAACAAACUGAGCAAGGACUGGCUACAGAAUUCGUCGAGCAAAGAUCUGCUGCCCUAGCCACAACAGCCAACGCUCGUGCGUCGGCAUCAGCUUACUCAUGUGGCUUCUCUAUGCCCAUGCCUCUUGGCUUCAAAGGAGAUGGUCUGCAAAAUCAUCCUGACUACACCGCGACGCCCCAAUACACUGGCUCAUUAUCGCGGCCUAUACUCAGCACUUCUGAGACUGCGGAAAGAAUCGGUCCACAAAGCUCUCCUUUCUUCAGCUACUCAGGUCAGAAUUCUUUCCUUGGAACCACCUCGAACCACCAGUACGCUGCGGCAUCAGAUCACUGUGGCCCUGGAUUCAGUACAGGCCUUUAUCAAAACGUCUCCAGCCAGGCCGAAUACGGCUCAGCAACGAGUGGAAGAGCUCUACCUCCCCUAAGGUACUACGACAUGCCUGCGGCCUCUGCAAACUUGCAAAACAUUGGAGGUCAUUGCUCCCAGGCACCUAAAGAGCUUAUGAGUCAAAACUCUUGGCACCUUUGCACAGAUUCAACAGGUCACUGCUAUGAUAUGCCACUCUACCACCCCACCUAA